CCUCACUCCUGAUGUACAGUAGGUAGGUUUUUAGGUCAGACAGCUGGUGAGGAUUUAAUUGUCAGUAUUGAUUUGCUUGCCCUGAAGGUUCGUCUGCUGCCACGGGUUUGUUUUGUCUGGUAUCUUGACCUACGGCGAUUAUGGAAAAACCAGAAAGUAGUGAAAUUGUGCCUUUUAAAGUAGUUGAUUGCACACGAGAGAAACGAUUUGGCGUUGUAGCGACGUCAUUACAGGAUUUUGUUAUUCGAGCAAAAGAGAAGCUGGGUCUGAACGGAGAAACAGUCAAAGUUGUGCUGGAACAAGAUGGAACUGAAGUCGACGAAGAAGAUUACUUUUCAACAUUGGAGAGAAACACGAGUUUGAUGCUUCUGGCACCAAAUGAGAAAUGGGGGCCUCCCGGUAGAAACACCAAUGGGGACGAAAUAGAUGGCGGACGAGGAAUCAGUGGGCUGCUGACCCGGCUGCGUGGGGACGUUGGUCACGUGUCUCUGCUGGGUGGUUGUGAGCUGGAGCUUCUGUCUGACAUGGACCCUGACAGUCUUACGGACAUCGUGCCAGAUAGAUCGUUCCUGGAUCAACUUAAGGAAGCGAGCAGCCGGCUGUUGAACGACAAGCGGCAAGCACAAGAGGCCCUGGAUUUGCUCAAACUGUACCACAGCGCAUCUCUCAUCCACGAGGACGUCAACAAGCGCAGCCGAGUGGCGCAGUAACCCCUCACCCCCACCCUCACCCGUUCAUAUUAUACAUCCACGCACGUGCAUAGACGUCCUCAUCAAACCAGCCUUGUACAUCUCUUGUAACGAUUCACUGCCCUCGAUUGUUCUGUUGGGGCAUGCAAGGGAAAUUGUAUUUUAUUUUAAUAUUUUCUGAGAAACUGAUUCAAAUCAAUAUGAUUAGACCUACCAAAGGUCACAAAUAAUAGAUAGCACAGAAGAUUCCUCCAACAAUCUAAGAAGAAUAUAUUAAUACUAAGACUAUGAUUGCUCUUUAGGACGUUUUUGUUGUAGUUGUUAAAUGUUUAAUGAGAGUGUUUAUGAUUUUAGCCAUUUAUGGAAUACUCAAUGUCUUAUGGUAGUUAAAUCAUAUUUUCCCCUUAGUCUAGUAACAUUUGAGAGUCUGUAUUAAAUAACGUAAAGUUUUAAUUGAUUGAUACAAAUAUAGGGGUAGGUCAGUGGUUUUCUACAAAUUAUAGAAUAAAAUUGUAUUAGUGUUUGAAUGUUA